AUUAGACACCAUCAAGCACAUCCUGUAUAGAGUGAGACACCAUGAGGAUCGGACAAACCAACUCAUCUCUCUUACCUGAGAAACACUGGAUCCAUUGCCUGAUACUCUUCAUAACACUUAUAACAGGAGCUUUAACAGAUGAAAAUGUGAUUAAAUCUGUCUUGGGUGGGAGUGCAUCUUUUAGAUUUAAGGUUACAGGAGACAUGAAGUUAACCCAGACAGAAUUGAGCAGGUGUCCAAAUCAGAAGGUUUUUGUGUCCAGCCCUCAGUUUGGACUCAAUAUCCUGGACAGCAACUAUACUAACCGUCUUUCUGUGGAAUCAAAUCACAGCUUUAAACUGGAAACAGUACAAGAGAGUGACUUUGGGACUUACUGCUAUAAACUGACCACUUUCCCAGAUGGGAGUCUGACUGGAGAAAUAACGCUGGUGAAAGAGACAAAAAAUGGUCGCUCAGCUCUCUCAGAGCCCUCUGGUCCCCCCAUCACGAUGUUAAUCUCCUUGAACUGUGGCAUAGGUUUUGCAGUACUAUGUGGAAUCAUCGCUGGAGUGGUUUGCUAUAGGAAGAGGAGAAGUAAGGUACAAACUCCAGUGCACAUUGCGCUGCAUCCUGGAAGCCUUCCUGACAGUCAAACUUCUGUCCUGCAGAAAGAUCCAGACCAGCCCAAUAGCACACGCAGACAGAGAGAAGAAGAGGCAGAGCAUGAUGAUGGCAAUUACCUAAAUGUUCCUUAACCUUGCCAACUGUACUUGUACUGGAUACUGGAUGCCUGUACUGCAGGAUUUACUUGCGGCUGGACGGCUUUUUAUAUUUACUAAAUUAAUCACUGGAUUCUGACAAACAGUGAUUCUAAAAAACUGUGAAACAUUCACACAAACUGUGAAUGUUUGUGGACCAGUUGACACACACACACACACACACACACCUGCAUCCCCUUAGCUUUUUACCCUCCUAUUGCGUUCGGGUCAUUUUUGACCCAGUAGAGGUAAAUCAUAAUUUUUUAAUACCAUAUAGUUUUUCGUACAAGAACCAAAUUUUGUUUUUUUGUCAGGACUACCAAAAUGAACAUAAUUAUUUUUUUUUUCUGAUUUGUAGAAGAAAUUAUUUACGAGAUCUAACCAUUUUUAUAAAAUUGUGCUCCUGGGUCAAAUCAAUUGUGGCUUUACACAUGAUAUUAUGCAUAUACAGUUGAAGUCAGAAGUUUAGAUACACUUAGGUUGAAGUCAUUAAAACUCAUUUUUUAACCACUCCACAGAUUUAAUAUUAGCAAACUAUAGUUUUGACAAGUUGUUUAGGACUUGUGCAUGUACUUUGUGCAUGACACGAGUAAUUUUUCCAACAAUUGUUUACAGAUAAAUUGUUUCAUUUCUAAUUGAAUAUAUCACAAUUCCAGUGGGUCAGAAGUUUACAUACACUAAGUUAACUGUGCCUUUUAGCAGCUUGGAAAAUUUCAGAAAAUUAUGUUAAUCCUUUAGACAAUUAGCCAAUUAGCUUCUGAUAGGAGGUGUACUGAAUUGGAGGUGUACCUCUGGAUGUAUUUUAAGGCCUACCUUCAAACUCAGUUCCUCUUUGCUUGACAUCAUGGGAAAAUCAAAAGAAAUCACCCAAGACCUCAGAAAAAUAAUUGUGGACCUCCACAAGUCUGGUUCAUCCUUGGGAGCAAUUUCCAAAUGCCUGAAGAUACCAUGUUAUAAACAAUAGUAUGCAAGUAUAAACACCAUGGGACCAUGCAGCCAUCAUACAACUCAGGAAGGAGACACAUUCUGCCUCCUAGAGAUGAACGUAGUUUGGUGCGAAAAGUGCAAAUCAAUCCCAGAACAACAGCAAAGGACCUUGUAAAGAUGCUGGAGGAAACAGGUAGACAAGUAUCUAUAUCCACAGUAAAACGAGUCCCAUAUCGACAUAUGGACUGCUCAGCAAGGAAGAAGCCAACACUCCAAAACCACCAUAAAAAAGCCAGACUAGAGUUUGCAAGUGCACAUGGGGACAAAGAUUUUGUCCUCUGGUCUAAUGAAACAAAAAUGGAACUGUUUGGCCAUAAUGACCAUUGUUAUGUUUGGAGGAAAAAGGGUGAGGCUUGCAAGCCGAAGAACACCAUCCCAACUGUGAAGCAUGGGGGUGGCAGCAUCAUGUUGUGGGGGUGCUUUGCUGUAGGAGGGACUGGUGCACUUCACAAAAUAAAUGGCAUCAUGAGGAAGGAAAAUUAUGUGGAUAUAUUGAAGCAACAUCUCAAGACAACAGCCAGGAAGUUAAAGCUUGGUCACAAAUGGGUCUCCCAAAUGGACAAGCAUACCUCCAAAGUUGUGGCAAAAUGGCUUAAGGACAACAAAGUCAAGGUACUGGAGUGGCCAUCACAAAGCCCUGACCUCAAUCCGAUAGAAAAUAUGUGGGCAGAACUGAAAAAGCAUGUGCGAGCAAAGAGGCCUACAAACCUGACUCAGUUACACCAGUUCUGUCUGGAGGAAUGGGCCAAAAUUGCAACUUAUUGUGAGAAGCUUGUGGAAGGCUACCUAAAACAUUUGACCCAAAUUAUACAAUUUAAAGGCAACGCUACCAAAUACUAACAAAUUGUAUGUAAACUUCUGACCCACUGGGAAUGUGAUGAAAGAAAUAAAAGCUGAAAUAAAUAAUUCUCUCUACUAUUAUUCUGACAUUUCACAUUCUUAAAAUAAAGUAGUGAUCCUAACUGACCUAAGACAGGGAAUGUUUUCUACGAUUAAAUGUCAGAAAUUGUGAAAAACUGAGUUUAAAUGUAUUUGGCUAAGGUGUAUGUAAACUUCUGACUUCAACUGUAUUUUCACACAUUUAUGAAUUAGAUUUUUCUUUAAAUACUUUAUUUACAUUUAGCCUCUUUCCCAUGCUCUCAAACACACUUUUGUGUCUCAAAAUGGCACUGCAUCUUGUUUACAAACAUGCUCACACAUACACAUAUAGUCUCAAGCACACACAGAACUGACAAACCAGAUGUAACAAACAUAACAAAUAAUAUAUAUCAAAGAAAAAACUGCCUAUAGGGAGGUGUGGCAAGAGCAAAAGUUCAAGCAUACAUAGUCUGAAUAAGGGUUGAAGGAAGAAAAGUCUACAUUUUACUCUGCCGCUCUCUACAGGCUGAUCUGAUAAUGAACCAGCUUGUACCAUAAUCACACAUUAACAUUCAGCAGUUCAUGCAAUAAACAGAAUACAUUUAGUUUAAAAACAUUGUAUACAAGUACAGAUGUUGUGUAGUUGUGUUGUAUAGUUGUUUUGAUAUGGUUUGAUUGGAAAAACAUAUUUGGUUGCGCAGAUUUUGACUACUGAGUUGUUUUUCAGCAGUAAUGAGAAAUGUAAUUAAUGUGGAAGUUAUUAGGAGAAUUACUAGAAAUUCUCACUUUAAAUAUUUAUAUAAAUUUAAUGCAAUGUUAUAUUCAAAUGAAAUUUCAUUUAAACCUUGAUAAAAAAAAAUAUAUCUUCAAAUGUAUCACACUUUUUUACCUGUAGUUAAUGUAUGUUUUGAAAUGUUAAAGAAUUUAUAAUUUUUUUAAUAAAUAAACUGACAUCAUACAUAAUAACAUUUAUAUUUUUCAGUAUAUUUUUACAUGUAUGAACAGCUAAUAAGUUAACAAUGAGCUACAAUAUGGUUUUUGAUGAAAAUAACUGGAUUAUUAAUGAUUUAUAAGCUUAAAAUUCCACUGGGUCAAAACUGACCCGCAAAUGCAAAAGGUGUAUGCAGACUUUGAACGCAAUAUGAGGGUUAAGUAGUCUUCAGUCUUAUUUUUAUAUGAAUUCUUAUUUGUAAUGUUUUCUCUGUUUUUUUUUCUAUGGCAACAAAAAGUAUGUCCUUUUUAUGCAGCCAUUAAAUCUAUCUUUUUUCCCAUCAUAAUAACAUAAGGGACAUAAAUAGACUGGAGGAAAGAAAGAAAGAAAGAAAGAAAGAAAGAAAGAAAGAAAGUAAGACUUACGUAUUACUGAUCACGUGACCCUGACACAUUUCAUGGGGAAAAAAAAUUAUAAAAUCUUGUUAUUUGAUUAAAAAUAUUGCUGAAAUAAACAAUAAAAUCUGUAAUAUAUAUACAGGUUCAUCUCAAUAAAUUAGAAUGUCGUGGAAAAGUUCAUUUAUUUCAGUAAUUCAACUCAAAUUGUGAAACUCGUGUUUUAAAUAAAUUCAGUGCACACAGACUGAAGUAGUUUAAGUCUUUGGUUCUUUUAAUUGUGAU